GCCCUUUAAGAGCAGCUAAAAUGCAAGGCUGGGCAGGGUUUCUACUCUUUCAAGUCCCACCCACUCCCCUGAACUGAAACUGACUCAUUGAGUUAAUUCCAUUCCUCCUUCUCAUUCCAGAGAUUCCAGUAAAAAUCUGUCACCUUUCCAAAAUACCAGGCCUAGUCUUUCCAGCACUUACUGAGAAAAUAGAGAUACACCCCCCAACAACACUUAAAAAAUAUACAACUUCUCUCCUGUUGCAAAUCCUAUCCAAGCAGCUUUCCUUGUCUCGUCCGAAGUGUGAGACAACAAAAGAAAAGGGGAAACAAAAAGUUUACCAACUCUGCAAGGGUAAACUGGGACAAAGACAAGCUCUGGAUCCUACUUUUCGGAGACCCCAGCUGCUAAAAGUGUUUUCUGGAUUUUGUGAGGGGUUAUUUUUCGAGGCUGCUGGGUCCGUAGUCAACGAUUAUCAGUGUCCGCCGAACCCCUUUUAGGAAGGGGAACAGGACGAAACUCGGAUUUUUAUUAUUUUGGUUGGUUCUCCAAGCCACAGAUUGGAGUUUCUCCAUAAAAGUGUCAAAAUGGAUCCCAAUGGGUGGAGUGAGGGUGGAAGCCCUGCUGAAAGUCCAGGAGAACUUGGCGACUCAAUGGAGAAAAGCUUGGACAAUGAUGCUGAAGGUGUGUGGAGCCCAGAUAUCGAGCAGAGCUUUCAGGAAGCCUUAGCCAUCUACCCGCCAUGUGGGCGUCGGAAGAUUAUUUUGUCCGAUGAAGGGAAAAUGUAUGGCCGUAAUGAGUUGAUAGCUCGAUACAUCAAACUAAGAACAGGGAAAACUCGCACCAGAAAGCAGGUAUCCAGCCAUAUUCAGGUCUUGGCACGACGGAAAUCUCGUGAGAUCCAGUCAAAGUUAAAGGCUAUGAGCAUGGAUCAAGUGACAAAGGACAAAGCUCUUCAGAGUAUGGCAGCCAUGUCAUCUGCACAGCUUGUCUCAGCCACAACUAUUCAAAACAAACUGACCAUGCCCGGCAUUUCACAACCUCCUUUCCCACCAGCUCCUGGGAGCACAGAUUUCUUCCAGUUCUGGCCGGGAGGAGUGGCACAGUCCAGAGUGACCGAAGACAUUAAACCGUUUGCCCAGCAGCCCUACUCUCUGCAGCCACCUGUUGUCCAUCCUCCUGUUCCAGGAUAUGAUUCUACUCCUACUAGCCUUUCUCCACCUCUUACUGUCCCAGCUUGGCAAGGUCGCUGCAUUGCAACCACCAAACUCCGACUUGUGGAAUUCUCAGCAUUUAUGGAGCAUCAGCAAGACCCAGACACUUAUAACAAACACCUGUUUGUCCACAUUGGUCAGUCUAAUCCAACCUACAGUGAUGCACUUCUAGAGUCUGUAGACGUCCGUCAAAUCUAUGACAAGUUUCCAGAGAAGAAAGGGGGGCUGAAGGAACUGUAUGAAAAAGGGCCCUCCAAUGCUUUCUUUCUGGUUAAAUUCUGGGCUGACUUGAAUACCACUAUCCCAGAUGACGUGCGAGUUUUCUAUGGCGUCACAAGUCAGUAUGAGAGCCCAGACAACAUGACUAUAACUUGUUCCUCCAAGGUCUGUUCCUUUGGCAAGCAAGUAGUAGAGAAGGUUGAGACUGAAUACGCCAGGUUUGAGAAUGGACGGUUUGUGUACCGAAUUCACAGAUCCCCCAUGUGUGAGUACCUCAUCAACUUUAUUCACAAGUUGAAGCAGUUACCAGAAAAGUACAUGAUGAACAGCGUGCUAGAAAAUUUCACCAUCCUUCAGGUCGUCACAAACCGAGACACUCAGGAGCUGCUGCUUUGCAUAGCAUAUGUCUUCGAAGUUUCAACCAGUGAACAUGGGGCUCAGCAUCAUACUUACAGACUGAUCAAGGACUAAAGAGAGCACCAGGAUGGCUGACACUGGGGCCAAGGCUUUGAGAAAACUGUUUAAACAGAGACAUGUACUCACAACCGCACACAAAACGUCAAAGCACACCAUCUCUCUGAAGCACACCUGGACUCUUGGAGCGAGAAUGUUUGAUACUUGCUCCUCUUUUUAUUUUAUUUGAGCACAAAGGUUAAUGUUACAUUGAGACAAGCCAAACAAUGUAGUAGUUAUCAGAGCAUUAUUGGAGAAAAGUAUUAAUGGACAAAAAUACUAGAAGGCAUCACCAUCCUGUCACAGCUAACCUUAUGCAGGUUGUCAUUUUUGAGUGAGCUGAUCUUGGCUGAAUCCUGUGAAGGCUGGUGAUUUAGGAUUAAGCACAGUCUUUGUAGAUUGUUAUUAAUAUGAAAGUGUUUUCAGGUUGUUUGUUAAUGAACUGCCCUUUGAUAUUACAGUGGCAUUGUUGGUGUAUAUAUUUGUGUGUGUAUGCAUAUAUUUGAAAGAUACGCAUAUGUACACAAAAAAACUUGAACUUUGUACAGUGACAUUAGUAGAAUUUAUCCCUUUAGUUCCAGAUGUGGGUACUUUCCUAAUGUCAUCUUUUACUGAUGGAAAUGGUUAAAUAAGUGAACUUGUUUUGGAGGAAUGAUGUUAGUAUUCACUGGGUGUUCAGUGGCUGUCUAAAAAAUAUUUUAUACAUUUCCUUCAUCAGUUCCUUUUUUAAAAGGUUGCAUCAAGUCAGAUUUUAAGUAAGUCAGUACAGUCGGCUGUUGAAUCUUUUCAGGAUGCCAUUAUAGUUUUAUAAGAAAGUCAUAAUUAUAAGUCUAUAUGUAUUACAGGUAAUGUGCCUCCUAUACUAUAAGUUAAAAACAAGUAGUCACGGUAGUUAGAACUACUUUGCUGCUGAUUAGAGUACUCUGGGGGAGGGGAAGAGGGGAAGUCCGUAAAUUAUGUCAAGCUACUGAACCUAGUCUGAUGCCGCAUUCAUUCUUGAAAGGUGUGACAUUUGUGUAGCAGGUAUUCUUAAAGGUGCUGUCAAACUGUAGAUCAUCAGGAGUGGCCAUUUGAAACCAGAAUGAUUCAGAAAUCUUGAUUUUUGAAGAUUACACAAAACAAAUAAAAAUGUACUGCGGUGGUGGUGCUGCGGUAGCGUUGUUGCCUCAGUUAGACGUUGCCCAUUCGAUUCUCAGAGCGUGUUCUGUGUGGCGACAUGUGUG